AUGGCCAUUUUGAAUAAAUUACCAACCAGAGAUCGUUUAGAAAGAAUGGGAAUUUGCACGGAUGGACUAUGUAUAAACUGUAGCACUCAUCAAGAAACUAGAGAUCAUAUUUUCUCUAAUUGCUUAUUGGCUAUUGGUAUAUGGAAAUCCAUCCUUAACAUGAAUGGGAUGAACUUUUAUGCUUUGACUUGGGAUGAAAUGGUAGCUCGUGCUUGCUCCUCUUGGAAAGGAAAGUCCCUCUUAAUUGCCAUUUUGAAGAUCUCGUGGAAUGCCUUCAUUUACUUCUUUUGGCAGGAACGUAACCAGAGAUUAUUUCAGGGUCGUUUUCGAUCUGCUGACGUUAUUCUUAAAGAAAUUGUCGAUGUGGUUGCAAUUCGUCUAAGGGACAGAUCCAUAAAUAGACUAGAUAGUACUAGCUUAUCCCUUUGUAAUGCUUGA